AGAAGAGCCGAGACCAGCUGAUCGAUACGUGAAAUCUUGCAAUGUUUUCCUAUUGAGGAGAGCUCUCAGUGAAAAUUGUAUUUUUCAGCCGAAGGGAAAGUGCUUUGGGCCCUGAAGAGAGUGAAAAGUAUUGCAAUACGCUGAUCUACAGUGUUGUGGGUGUGAGGGUCAGAGCGAGAGAGCGCGGAAAGCGACGGUUCAUGUGCAAAAAGAAUGUGUGGGGGCGAAUCGGGCGAGAAGAAAGUCGGAAAGUGCUGGUAGUGCCGUCUCAGUCACACUCAGUGAGGGGAAAUUCAUUGAAAAUCCUUCAAUAGAGCUCCACAUUCACCAUUUUCGCAAGUAAUUCACCACAGACUCUCGGUUGGGUGCUCCACGAAGCAACAUACACAUCGAUUAUUCACGGAGAAUUGGGCUGUUUGGCUGGUGAAGAGUUGCAGAGUAGCGGAGAAGAAAGUGAAAACUGUCAGCAGUGUUGUUGGGCGUGAAGUGUGUGCUUUUUGCAGCCCAUCAUCCACAAUCUCGGGUGGAUAAGUUACAAGGGCGAAAAAAGUGUGGAGCUUUUCUCCAAUCAACCCACCCCACGCCUCAUUGAUAGUGUGUCACUUUGUGUGUUGCUGAGUGAACUCUCUCUCUCUCUCUCUCUCUCUUCAAUCAACCAUUUUCCACCCGUUUGUGCUCAGCACCGUCAUCCAAUUAGAGCAGGAAAUUUUCACUUAAGUCCACAGUGAAGUAAUCUGCAUUUGAUAACAAUAUGGCCGGCGGAGGUGAUCCCAAGUGGCAGAAGGAUGCAGCUGACCAGAACUUUGAUUACAUGUUCAAACUGCUCAUAAUCGGCAAUUCCAGUGUUGGGAAAACGAGCUUCCUCUUCCGCUAUGCUGACGAUUCUUUUACAUCAGCCUUUGUGUCAACUGUGGGCAUCGAUUUCAAAGUGAAAACUGUCUUUCGACACGAUAAACGCGUCAAGUUACAGAUAUGGGACACCGCCGGCCAAGAGAGGUACAGAACCAUCACAACAGCGUAUUACCGCGGAGCGAUGGGAUUCAUUCUCAUGUACGACAUUACGAAUGAGGAGAGCUUUAAUUCCGUUCAAGAUUGGGUGACUCAGAUAAAAACGUACUCCUGGGACAAUGCACAAGUGAUUCUGGUCGGGAACAAAUGUGAUAUGGAGGAUGAACGUGUCAUCUCAUUCGAGCGAGGAAAGCAGCUGGCCGACCAACUCGGCGUGGAGUUCUUCGAGACGUCCGCCAAGGAGAAUGUCAACGUUAAGGCGGUAUUCGAGAGGCUGGUGGACAUCAUUUGCGACAAAAUGUCCGAGAGUCUAGACACAGAUCCCACUCUCGUGGCCGGAGGACCCAAAGGACAGCGCCUCACGGAUCCACCACAGGGAGCACAAAAUGCCAAUUGCAACUGUUAAGGUCUAAAGUAAUUCACUGGUGUUCUUUUGUGUGAACUUAGGCGAGACAUGACAAAUUUCGGUGUUUGAUGGACAGUCGCAGACACACAUCUUAACCACCACCCCAAAAAUUAGCCUCCUUUUUAGUCUGUAAUCUUCGGUGUGGCAGCAAACUUGCAUUGAUUUCAUCACACUUCCUGAACUCUUGCUCUUGCAAAUGAAUGUACUGUACGUGAACGUCACCACUGAACAGAGGAAACUUAUAAUCAGAAUUUGGACUUUCACAUUUGCACUAUCAUUGAUUUUUCCCUCUGAUAUAAAAACUACAAUGACAGAGUAAUGAUUCUAUAUCGUUCAAAAUUGAGUGUUUCCUGGAAGAUGAGCCGUUUUAUUCUUAGAUACGGAACGGAGAAGAUAAUGAUCAGAUGGCAGAAAAUAUCUCGUUGUUUACUCGUUUUAGGUGAGAAGAAAUUUCUUUAAGUAGAGAUGAAAGAAAAGGAAGAGAAUCUUCAGAAAAAUAUAAAUUAUAAUUAUUAUGUCUAAUAAAAUGAUUCACUGUAGUGCUAUAAAUGUUGAAUGAUUAGGAAAAGCGAGUGGAUAGAAAAAGAAAAUCAGAGAGACUUCUAAGAAGGACACACUCAUGGAAAUCAAGAAAAAAAAUGAUGAUAAUUUAGUCUGUAGACAAUAAAAGGAAAAUUAAUUUUCAGACAAGUGCAACAAUAAUGUGGCAUAUUUCUUAAUCACUUUCUUUAUCAUUGACUUCUUCGGGAAUGAUAAGAAGAAGAAAAAAAAGUACUUUAACUUGCAGCAGUAUUAAAGAUAAACGGGAGAUUGCAGAUUUAUUUUCAUACAUUAACAAAAGAAAUAUUAAGAAAAAAAAGAAGAAAUUAUUCGAGAAAGUACAUAUAUAGAAGACAUUAUGUAAAAAAUAUUGUAAAUAUCUAAAUAUUGAUGAUAAAAUUGUAGCAAAGUGACAGGAAUAUAAACUGCAAGUACACCGAGAUAAUGAUUCAGUGCUGACACGCAAAAGAGGUUUUCACAACUGUAUCCAGACAUUUUCAAGAACCAAAACUGAAAUUCUCUGAAAAUAACUUUUUCACUAGCAUAAUUUGACAAUUUAUCGCAUGAAAAUCGAUGAUUGUGAGGACAAAUCAAAAGAAGACCGAAAGAAUUUCGCAUAUUAAUCUCAGUGAGUCAUUGAUUUUCAUGCAAUAAUUCCUCAAAUAUGUGACAUAUUUUAAAGAAGAAACAACAUUUUCCAUAAAUGACAAAACAUGAAUGAGUAAAAGUCUUUAAAAAAAAAUACCAAAUAUAAAAACUACACAAAGUAUUGUAAAAUGUAUGAAAGCAGUAACAUUUAAAUUGUAUUUAUCAAUAGAGCAUGAUUUUAGUCGUGAAGUAAAAAGAAAUUUGAAGAGAUGGAAAAGAACAAAUUAUGAAAAAAUUAUAUGUGUAAUUAUUAAUUAUAGUAAUCAAUUAUGAUGAACACAUUCCUUCACAAUCUAGUCUUAGAUGUAAAUAACACCCAGGAAUUAUCCUUAUAAUUUUGUGAUCGUUAUUGUUGAGUAAGCUGUAUAAAAAAAAAAGUUACAAGAAGGUGUAAUUAAAAUGUUAUAUUUUAAUGGCGCACACAUCGAGAAAACAAAAAUACUGUUACAUUUUGAUGAGAAACCAGCGAAAGUUGGCGAUAUUGGAGAGAUAAUUUCUCAACAUUUAGCUUCUUACGAUGAUUUUGCUUCGCUCAAGAAAUCCUUCUUUCCCCGCAAUCUUCCUUUCAAGUGGCAAAUAAAUGAUGACAAGAAAGAGAAUCUCUUUACACGUGCCUAUAAACACGACGUGUAUCAACUAAUCUCUUAAUCUUAACUGUAUAACAACAGAUUAAUCAUCAAGGAAUUUCACUAUACGAUUUUUGAAUUUGAGAGAAAAACCAGAAAACAACUCUUUUCUACCUUAUCACAAUCAUCAAGACAAGACAAACAUUAAUCGCACACAAAUUUUCCUCUCCUUGAUUUCUCUACUUUCAAACAACGGGAAGAAUGCACGCCUCAAAGGAGGUGUUUUUGAAGGUUUUCCCAUGAAAAACUUGGUAUAAAAAAAAUUAUAAAGGAAGGAUAAACAGUAAGAGUUUGAAAAACGUCAAUCGCUUCGUUGUAUUAAACAAAGGAAUUAAAUAUAUACUUAAACGUAAUAUUUCAAAUUGUACGACAUGACAAGAAAAAAACUAUAAAGAACAUUUAUCAGGAAAUUCUAAGGAGGUAAAAUAUACCAACAUAUUAUGCAAGAAAGAGUAAACAAUGGAACAGCAUAGUCAAUGUAGAAGUACAUGGAGAAGAAAAAAAUAUUAAUUAAUACAUUCUGAGGCAUGAAAAGGAUGAAAAUUAUUAAAUAAAAAAAAAUAUCAUAAAUAUUAUAAUUUGAUUGUUGUCAUACAAAUACAUAUUAAAAACAAGUAUAUUACUGAAAAAGUAUAAAAAAAAACAUAAAUGUAUUACCAAGAAUGAAAUAAAAUUUCAAGGAAAUUGG